UCAGUGGGAAGAAAAAAAACACCCUGGUUUCAUUAUCAGUUGGAGAAAAAAUGUGCUAGCAUCAGUGUCAGGAGGGUAGAAUGUCCUUACAUCGGUGUCAGUGGGAGAAGAAAAAAAUAUUGGUAUUUUUUGGAGAAGAAAAAAUGCUCUGGUGGCAGUUUUAGUGACAUUGGUGUCAAUCCAAAGAAAAAAUGCAGAGGCAACAUUGUCAGUGUGAGGAGAAAAUGCCAUGCUGUGGGUGUCAGUGGAAGGAAAAACGUGCCCUGGAAUUGGUGUCAAUGAGAAGAAAAAAAUGUCUUAGUGUUAUGUCAGUGAGA